AGACGGAUGCAAUGACGGGCUGUCGUCGCUAGGUGGAGCUGCUAGAUUUGUAAACACGCUCAGAGUAACGGAUUCAUCGGGCUAGAUAGCAUCGUUCUACGGAUUUUAUCAUGUUUGUGCUGCUUUUAAACACACUUCGUGAGGAGAAAUGACGUCCGCCAUCUCUAUGGUAGUAGAUUUAUGAAAAUAUAAUCAGGAAAAAUAAAAACAAUUGUUGAAAUCCUCUUGGUUUAAACGGGACAAGUUUGGUUGGCCGCUUAGCUAUGUCCGCGAGCUAACUCUGGAGCUGUUUGCUAGCCUUCAAAAUAAAAUGUCGCGUCACUUCUAAUUUGUGGCGUUUCACGUCUGUCUCCCGUCGAGAACGACACUGAAGGCAUGCGGUGCGCUCUCCAGAGGAGACCGGCGGCCGUCCGUCACGCACAUGACGCGCGUUAAGGCGGGGUGAAGUUGCGCGGUGUCCCCCGGACACGGACAGGUCUCACCUUCGAGUCGGCUGAUGCUGGAGGACCAUGCGGCACCACUUCCUGCUGCUCGGGGCGUGUGGAUGGGUUCUGCUCGUUCUGAUCUUCGUGAGCAGGUUCUUCAGCUUCAGAACUUUUGACGAUUAUGCAGAGAGAACCGGUCAAAGUUGGACGAUAGCAGGCUCCAAGAUGAAGGCCGGCCCUGUAACCGUCCCGGAGAAACCCGCCGUCAGGCCGUCCCAUCAGCCCUCCGCCGAUCCCCGGGAGACCGAUUGGGAGCUUGUGUCGGACCGGAGGAACGAGCGGCUGUCGGCGGCGUGCAGAAACGCCAGCCUCGGCGGCCUGACUCACGUCUCCAUCACCAAGUUCGUCCUGGACCGGAUCUUCGUCUGCGACAAGCACAAGCUGCUGUUCUGCCAGACGCCCAAAGUGGGCAACACGCAGUGGAAGAAGGUCUUCAUCGUGCUCAACGGAGGGUUCUCCACCGUGGAGGAAAUCCCAGAGAGCCUGGUCCACGACCACGAGAAGAACGGCCUGCCCCGCCUCUCCUCCUUCACGCCGCAGGAGAUAACCCUCAGGUUGAACACUUACUUCAAGUUCUUCAUCGUGAGGGAUCCCUUCGAGCGUCUCAUUUCUGCCUUCAAAGAUAAGUUUGGGAAGAACCCCCGGUUCGAGCCGUGGUACAAGCACGACAUCGCUCCGGUCAUCAUCAGGAAGUACCGCAAGAGCCACCGCGACAGCGACAGCGCCGCCUCCGGCCUGCACUUCGAAGACUUCGUCCGUUACCUAGGCGACGCCGAAGGCCGACGCCACCUGGACCAGAAGUUCGGCGAGUCCAUCAUCCACUGGGUGACCUACGCGGAGCUGUGCGCGCCGUGUGAGAUCAGGUACAACGUGGUGGGCCACCACGAGACGCUGGAGCAGGACGCCCGGCACAUCCUCAGAGCCGCCGGCAUCGAGGGGCUGGUGUCGUACCCGGCCAUCCCGCCGGGAAUCACGCGCUACAACCGCAGCAAGGUGGAGCACUACUUCUCAGGCAUCAGCAAGCGGGACGUCCGGCGCCUGUACGCGCGUUACCAGGGCGACUUCCACAUGUUCGGAUACUCCAGCCCAGACUUCCUCCUGCAGUAAACGAGUCGUUUUGAUAAAAACUGAAGUUUUAGGUAGUGCCUGACGCGUGUAGGAACUCUUUUUUAACUUAUUUAUAGGAACGACGGUUCACGUUUAAGUUAUUAUAACUCCUUUUCUGCUGUGUAUUUAAUAUGGGUUCUCCUCUUCAGCUGGGGGCUGUACUUGUUACUUUGCACUGUAUCGUUUACAACUUUUAACACUUUGUGUCUUUAAUUUGUACUCGUCCUUUCUGUGCUUUUAUUUUGUAAAUCCCGUGACCGGACCAGGAGGUUCUUUGAUUUGAUUUUGCCUUUACUGCAAAGCACAGACGUACUUUUUAACAUAUGAAUAUGUGUUUGAGUUAACCGUAGAUGUUUUUAUUCCAACACUAAUGAAGGAGCAGCAUCAGACGUUUUUGUAUCAUUCAAACAUGACUCAGCAUUUGUACGUGAUGUUUAGACACGAGCUGCAUUGUGAAACAGCCGGAUUAUCGGGCUUCAGAGACAGCACGGGUUUAUAAUAAAGUUUGAAGCUGAAAUGUU